CAGGGGACAGGAAGGGGCGGGGCGCCAGCGGCUGACUGGCAGCUCCGCACCGGAGGCAGCGGCGGCACCGCCGAGGGGACACGGCGACAGCUUAGCGCCUGCCCCCCACCUUCGCCGUCCCGGCCAUCGGUCCGGUCCCGCGGGAACCUGCGGUGACCCUCCGCGACCCUCCCUCGGCACCAAGCACUAGGCGAGCGGCGGCCCCGAGGCCACGGCCAUGGCCCCCGUGGCGGCUCCGUUUUCCUGGGCGCUCGGGGUCCCGAGCCCGGCCGCGGCCCCCAGCUCCUACGGGGUGUUCUGCAAGGGGCUCUCCCGCACCCUGCUCGCCUUCUUCGAGCUGGCCUGGCAGCUGCGCUCCAACUUCCCGUACUUCUACGUCGCGGGCUCCGUGAUCCUCAACGUCCGCCUGCAGGUACAUUUUUAGAGUCACGGCUACUACGCUAACGGUCUGUAGCCUGGCACUAUGGCGGGCUCCCAGGAGGCCCCGCGGCGGGAGCGGAGUAGGGCGGCGGCGGCGGAUGCGGGCCCCUGGGUCUCGCGAGAGUUGGCUGGACGCCCUGCGCGGCUGCGCUCCCGGCUCUCAGCGGCCGCCGAGCUCCGGGCCGGUCUCGGAAAUCCCGCCGGGACUGGAGAGGAUCGACGAGGUUUCCAGCCACAGGGAGGAAUGUCAUGAAGGCCCACGACGACGAUAUUGCAGAAGCUGUGCAUCCUGAAAGCAAAAUUAGGACGACGAACGGGGUGCAUUGUAUCCAAAACAGACGGCGACUACAUUUUUCAGGGGGGGAAAAAAUGUAAACUACAACAAGCUGAUGGUUCAAACUAAGACUGAAAAAAAAAAAAUCACAAAUAUCAGGAAUUUUGGAUGGACUCCUAAGCAAGAUAUUGAAUGAGUAAGAAGCCUGAAGAUCUUAAGGAUUUGAUGCAGGAGGCAUGUAUUUCUUCAUUCCCCCAAGAGAAAAUGACAAUCAAGUUUUCAGUGAGAAUAAAAAU